AUGACGCAGAAACCUAAAAAUGUCAACGAAGUGAAAAAUGUCAGUAAAACAGCUUCAAUCAGCGAUUUGAACGACAGGAUGGAGCCUGAAGAGAGAAAAGAUGAGACGCAGAGAGCAGGAAACACCUUCGAGCUGCUUUUUGGUUCCAGUGAAAUGUUUCGUGCUCCAAGAGAGAAACUCCGUCAGAGAAACGAGCUGCAGGGGAGAUUCAUCAUCCAGAACAAAGCUGCAGAGCAUUACUCAAAUGGAGAAGAGGCCAUGAGGACGUGUCAGUAUGAGAAAGCUGUGAUCUGCUUCUCUAAAGCCGUCACACUGCAGCCGGAGCAGACUCAGAUGUUUGUGGCUCAGGCGGAGUCGUACCUGCAGCUCUGUGACUUCCAGUCGGCAGCAGCCUGCUAUAAAAAGGCCGAGCUCCUGGAGCCCGGAGCUUUCAGCCGCCGCUUGGCUCUCAUCUACUAUCUCCAGGGUCAGUGUCUGUUCGACCGAACUCUUUUCCCAGAAGCUCUGGAGGCGUUCAGCAGAGCUGCCGAGCUGAAGCCCGGCUGCAGAGUCUACGCUGCGAGACGUCUGGCCUGUCUGGCAGCUGCAGGUCGUCACGGUAACUGUCUGAAGCUGGUCAACGACUGGAUGACGUCAGACGGUCCGACCUCUGACCUUUACGUCCUCAGAGCUCGACUGCACAGACGACUCCAGCAGACGUCACAGUGUCGUCAGGACGUGAAGUCUGCGCUGGCGUUGAACCCGACGUGUCCGGAGGCCACAGCUCUGCUGCUGCAGCUGCAGGACGCUGGAGAACGGGCCAGACUUCAGGCCGUGGAGCGAGCGGUGACCGGCCGGCUGCCUGAGGCCCUCUGCAGCAUCAACGUCGCUCUGGAGAACUGUCCACAGGACGCACGGCUCCACCUGUUCAGAGGGAUUCUCUACCGACGUCUGAAAGACUUCACCGCCGCCAUCGAGGAUCUGGUUCAGGCUGUGGAGCUGAGCGAGGAGGAGGAGGAGGGGGUCAGAGGUCAGGUGGAGGUCGGACACAGGAAGGACGAGAGCGGCUCUUUGGAAGCGGAGGCGGAGUUUCAGCUGGUUCUCACCUACAAUGACUUUGCGGUUGAAUGUUUCAGCCGAGGUCUGUACGCUGAAGCUGCUCUGCUCCUCAACAAGGCCAUCGAGGAGGAGAAGGACGAGGCAGGACUGUACCUCAACCGAGGAGACUGUUUCUUUAAACAGGGUGAGUGGUGUUAUGCUCUGUCCGACUACCAGCAGGCCGAGGAAAUGAUGCGACCGGACGACCCGGCUCUCCGGCUGCGCCUCGCUGUCCUCCACAACACUUUGGGCUCUCUCCACUUCCAGGACGGGCGUUUCCAGGAGGCGGCGGACGUGUUGUCUCUCUCUGUCCAGUACGACCCCUCAGCCGCUCUGUCCUACGAGAGCAGAGCCAAGGCCUUCAGGAGGCUCCGGAGGCUGGACGAGGCCCGACAGGACGUCAUCCGCUCACUGAUCUUGGAUCCAACCAGCGAGGAGCUGCCUCCGAUGCUCAUGAGUCUGUUCCCUGGACGCAGUGUCUCUGAUGUUUUGUCGAGUCCUGCAGCACAAGAGGUCAGAGGUCAGCUGACAGACGCCAUCCAGGCCUGCGGCUCCGUCUCUGAGCAACAAAGACGCAGCGAGACGCUCCGACGGACGACUCUGACCAAUGAGGCCGCAGCGAUUCAGUCAGGUGACUCAUCUGAAGAGGGAGACGGACGGAGGUCGAGUGUGAACCAACAGGAGAAGGAGUUAACUGUGAGGAGCCUCCUGCAAGUGCUGAUGGGAAAAACCUCAUCAUCAUCAUCAUCAUACAAGAAAGUGAAAAGUAAAUAAUUUGAAUGACUGAUGUUAAAAACACAGUGUUGUGUCCAGUAGAGGGCGUCAGAGACACAGCUUGAGACUGGUGGGGUUCGUGGGGACGCUCCGCUGUGUUUGACUUUCAUCAUCUAAGACCAAAGUUCUUUUAUCAUCAUAUUCCAACAAAACAAUAAACACUCAUG